GCCGGAGCAGCGGGGCCCGGGGAGGAAGGGCGGGGCUGCUGUUCCGUGAUCCCCCCCAGAAGGACUGAAUCCGAAACAGAUGCCUCCCGCUGGUGAAGCAGACGGAGCGUGGGGAACGCCCUGGGAGAGGAGUCAGGCCCGGCCCCGCGGCUCGGCGCUCUGUCCGCUGUCCGGGCCGGUCACGGCAGAGCUGGCCCUUCCUCCAGCGUGUUUUCCUUUCGCUGUGAGGGCUACACGCUGCGGACGGAAGCCGGGACGGCACCUCGGCCCUUCACCCGCCACCCGCUUCAGAGAUUGUGAAAUCAGCUCCCGAGCGUGGGCGCCCAUGAAGCCGGAGUGAGGCGUGGGCCGUCGGCAGGAUGGCCAAGGCGCGGCCGUUCCGCCUGUGGCUGGCGCUGGGCUCCGUGGUCAUGAUCCUGCUGAUCAUCGUGUACUGGGACAGCGUGGGCACCGCCCACUUCUACCUGCACACGGCCCUGUCCCCGCCGCACCCGCCCGGGCCCCCUCCCAGCGCCGGGCGGGCCCUCCCGGCCGAGGUGGACGAGUUCCUGGAGAAGCUGCUGGGCGCCCCCCAGAGGAGGACGGAGCCCCCGCCGGGCCCCGAGGGCGGUCCCGAGGAGAGCGUGCGGGGCUACGACUGGUCCAGCCGGGCCCCGGGCCCCGAGCCCGGCCCGGAGCCGGACGAGCAGGCCGCGCGCCGGAGCCUGCUGCGGGACUUCUGCGCCAACGCCAGCCUCGCCUUCCCCGCCAAGGAGCGCUCCUUCGACGACAUCCCCAGCUACGAGCUGAACCACCUCAUCGUGGAUGACCGCCACGGCGUCAUCUACUGCUACGUGCCCAAGGCCGCCUGCACCAACUGGAAGCGCGUCAUGAUCGUGCUCAGCGGCAGCCGGCCGGGCCGCGGCGCGCCCUACCGCGACCCGCUCGCCAUCCCCCGCGAGUUCGUGCACAACUCCAGCACGCACCUGACCUUCAGCAAGUUCUGGCGCCGCUACGGCAAGCUCUCGCGCCACCUCAUGAAGGUCAAGCUCAAGAAGUACACCAAGUUCCUGUUCGUGCGCGACCCCUUCGUGCGCCUCAUCUCCGCCUUCCGCAGCAAGUUCGAGCUGGAGAACGAGGAGUUCUACCGCAGGUUCGCCGUGCCCAUGCUGCGCGCCUACGCCAACCGCACCAGCCCGCCCGCCUCCGUGCGCGAGGCCUUCGGCGCCGGGCUGCGCGUGUCCUUCGCCAACUUCAUCCAGUACCUGCUGGACCCGCGCACCGAGCGGCGCGCGCCCUUCAACGAGCACUGGCGGCAGGUGCACCGGCUCUGCCACCCCUGCCAGAUCGAGUACGACUUCGUGGGCAAGCUGGAGACGCUGGACCGGGACGCCGCGCAGCUGCUGCGGCUGCUGGGCGUGGACCGGCGGCUGCACUUCCCGCCCAGCUACCGGAACCGCACCGCCAGCAGCUGGGAGGAGGGCUGGUUCGCCCAGAUCCCGCUGGCCUGGCGGCAGCAGCUGUACAAGCUCUACGAGGCCGACUUCGUGCUCUUCGGCUACCCCAAGCCCGAGAGCCUGCUGAGGGACUGAGCCCCUGCCGCCACCACUGCCGCGGACAGACCCGGGACGGUCAGACCCGGGAUGGUCACACGGGGGGACAGACACGGGACGGUCAGACCCAGGAUGGUCACACGGGGGGACAGACACGGGGACGGUCAGACCCAGGAUGGUCACACGGGGGGACAGACACGGGGACGGUCAGACCCAGGAUGGUCACACGGGGGGACAGACACGGGGACGGUCAGACCCAGGAUGGUCACACGGGGGGACAGACACGGGGACGGUCAGACCCAGGAUGGUCACACGGGGGGACAGACACGGGGACGGCCAGACCCAGGAUGGCCAGAUCCCGGACGGUCAGACACGGGAUGGCCAGACCCAGGAUGGCCAGAUACGGGACGGUCAGACGCGAUGGCCAGACCCAGGAUGGCCAGAUACGGGACGGUCAGACACGCGAUGGCCAGACCCAGGAUGGCCAGAUACGGGACGGUCAGACACGCGAUGGCCAGACCCGGGAUGGUCACACGGGGGGACAGACACGGGGACGGCCAGACCCAGGAUGGUCACACGGGGGGACAGACACGGGGACGGCCAGACCCAGGAUGGCCACACGGGGGGACAGACACGGGGACGGCCAGACCCAGGAUGGUCACACGGGGGGACAGACACGGGGACGACCAGACCCAGGAUGGUCACACAGGGGGACAGACACGGGGACGGCCAGACCCAGGAUGGCCAGAUCCUGGAUGGUCAGACACGCGAUGGCCAGACCCAGGAUGGCCAGAUCCUGGACGGUCAGACACGGGAUGGCCAGACCCAGGAUGGCCAGAUACGGGACGGUCAGACACGGGAUGGCCAGACCCAGGAUGGCCAGAUACGGGACGGUCAGACACGGGAUGGCCAGACAUCGGGACAGUAAGACGUGGGGACGGCCAGCCCCGCGAUGGCCAGACCCAGGACGGCCAGACCUGGGACAGUCAGAUGUGAGGACAUUCAGACACGGGGACGGCCAGACGCGGGACAGUCAGACGCAGGGAUGGCUCCUGAGCCUCGCUGUCAUCCGGGGAUGAGCUGGGCUGCACCGCGCCUUCUGUGGCCUCGUGUCGCCCCAGCCUCGAGGGCAGAGAAGCCCACGGUGUCUGUCGCGGGCAGCUCCACGCUCCGGUUUUAAAAUGACCUGCGAUUCUGCACUCAGACUUCUGUUCCCUCUGGGGCUGUGCUCAGCCAGAACUGUGAAUAGUGUUUUUUAAGAUUAAUAUAUUUCUGAUAUUUAAUAGGAGAUAGGAGGAGGGAAGGUCAGAGUAAAUGCUACAUCUGCUU